UCUGCCCUCCGGCAGACACCGGUCCGGGCAGAGGGAAGAGCUGUCUUUUUGCCGUGUUGCAGGAGCUGUAGCUGUUGCCAUGGAGACAGCAGUCAUGUUACCAAAUAGGAUAAAGUCUGAGCAAUAUGCUUAAGGGCACCAAGAUGAAAUAAAUUGGGAAGAGGUGCGCUUGAGAUGAGUGGAAGUGGCAAGGAGUUUUAGGUUCUCAGCUGGCCGCCGCUGCCUUCCCCUCUGAUCCUGAACAUUUGGUGGCCCACAGUUUAGCUUAGGAAGAACCAUGCCUUUGGAAAAGGAGGAUCCCAGCUGGAAGAAGCAUGCUGCAGAUAUCCGGGAGAUCUAUGAAUUCCGGGAAGUCCUGGGCACGGGUGCCUUCUCAGAAGUGGUGCUGGCUGAAGAGAAAUCAACCCAGAAGCUGGUGGCCAUCAAAUGCAUUGCAAAGAAGGUGCUGGAAGGGAAGGAGAGCAGCAUUGAGAAUGAGAUUGCGGUGCUACACAAGAUCAAGCAUCCCAAUAUUGUGGCUCUGGAUGACAUCUAUGAGAGUGGGGGACAUCUCUACCUCGUCAUGCAGCUGGUCUCAGGUGGGGAGCUUUUUGAUCGGAUUGUGGAGAAAGGAUUUUACACAGAGCGAGAUGCCAGUCAGCUCAUCCGACAGAUCCUAGAUGCUGUAAAAUAUCUGCACGACAUGGGUGUCGUACACCGUGACCUGAAGCCUGAAAAUCUGCUGUAUUACAGUCUGGAUGAAGACUCCAAGAUUAUGAUCAGCGACUUUGGCCUAUCAAAGAUAGAGGGUUCAGGCACUGUCAUGUCUACGGCCUGUGGGACUCCUGGUUAUGUGGCUCCUGAGGUGUUGGCGCAGAAACCUUACAGCAAGGCUGUGGACUGCUGGUCAAUUGGAGUCAUCGCCUAUAUCUUAUUGUGUGGCUAUCCCCCAUUCUACGAUGAGAACGACACAAAGCUCUUUGAGCAAAUCCUGAAGGCCGAAUAUGAAUUUGAUUCACCCUAUUGGGAUGACAUCUCAGAAUCAGCCAAAGAUUUCAUCCGGCAUUUAAUGGAGAGGGAUCCCAAGAAGCGCUUCACCUGUGAGCAAGCACUACAGCACCCAUGGAUUGCUGGUGACACUGCAUUGGAUAAGAACAUCCAUCAGUCAGUGAGCGAGCAGAUAAAAAAGAAUUUUGCCAAGAGCAAGUGGAAACAAGCCUUCAAUGCAACUGCUGUGGUAAGGCAUAUGAGGAAGCUACAGCUUGGAACCAGCCUAGAGGGACCUGGACAAGCCAUGCAGGAAAGCAACGGCUCCCCAUCCAGUAGCAGUGAGGAAUCUUUGGAGGAUGGUUCUCACCACCAAACUCGGGACUGAAUGUUCUCCACUGGACAGAUGGCAGUGCCAGCACCAACUCAUCGUUGUUGGGUGGGCUGUUCCAAGCCCAGCUCUCUCCCACGUUGCCACAGACAGUGCCAAGGAGGGGUCUGGGGGAUUGCCACCUCGUCCCUCCUAGCAAAGUGUGGUCGAGCCCCUUAGCGCAGAGGGGCCAAAGGCUUUCCCUUGACCAGGCACACCCUCCUGAACGCAUUGGGGGGGGGCAGGGAGAGUGGAGGUGAUCUUUCAUCAUCCACCCAGUUCUCGGAGGAGAUCCUUUCCUCUCUCGUUAAGGUUUCCCUCUGGACACAACCCAACAGGAUGUGUCUCUGCCUGGCCUCUCUUCACCCUUUAGCCUAAGCCAAAGAGACGGUCUUCUUCCUUACCCCAACAUGUGGAUAAUGUGCCCCUUUUCCUCACCUCCCCAUUUCCCAAAAAAACACCUGGUGGGGCCAUUCAGGCCUUUUGCACACAGCCGCUGAAGGUGGGGCUUGAUCUCUAGAUGGAGACGUGUCUGUGGAGCCUGAAGGAUCCUCUCCCAUCAGUGGACUAACAAAGGCCCUCAUCCAUCCCAUGCACUUCAGACGAGACCUCCUCGGAAAGGGCUCACAGUACUUGCAGCCCCCAGAGGGAUACCCAGGCACGGACUGCAGGGGGAAAGGAUGCUGCUUUGUUUGCAGAGAUGGCGGUCCUCAGACUCGCCCUGGGGGUGCCCCUCCAGCUGUCAGGGCUUGGAGGUCCCCCACAAGGGACCACAUUGCUUUGCUGGGGGACCCCCUAGGCCUCUUCUGAGGUCCUUUGACUGUCAGCAGAGGGAAGCCUAAUUUUAAAAAGUUACGGUUGGGGUUAAAAACACCACGGCUGCCCUCAAGAGGCACACGUUUCUCUUCUAGCUGGCAGUGGGUGGGAAACAGCUGUCCAGUUUUUCCAUGUGUUUCAGAGGUCGAAAUGGAGAGCUAGCCUGCUUGGAGGGCCACCUCUUGGCCAUUGCCUAGAUCUGGAGCAAUUCUGCAACUGUUUUGUUCUCUUUUGUUUUUAAAUGGUGGGUGGUGUUUUUUUUUUUUUUUGGUGGGGACAAAGGGAAGAAAAAGUGCACAUAGGCACACAGGCAUAUUUGGUCUUUUCUAACAGCCUGCAUAAAAUAGAUGGCGAGUGCAAGGCCGAGGCCCGUCUCCUUGUUACAGGAAGUGACUCACCC